CCGGCGGCCGCCGAGCCUCGCCUCGCUAGAGCGGCGGCGGGCAGGGCAGGGCAGCGCCUGUAACUGGAAACCAGCGCCGGCUCCGUCACCGCGCGGCAGCUCCAUUCACUCCUAAGGUGCGUAAUUGCGGGCAGGGGAGAAGCGCGCCCGGUGCCUUAGGAGUCCAGCUGCCAGGAUUACUGUACGGAGGAGACGGGAGUACCCCUGCAACUGCCGCGAAGACAGACUUUUCUUUUUAUCCUUUAUUUUUUUUUCUUCUUCUGUUUUUUUUUUUCAUUUAUUUAUUUUUCCCUCCACAAUGAACCAGGUUUGGAAUUAAAAUGUUCUGGUAGCGGGAGUGGAGUCUAUAAACUGAUAGAAACCAGAUAGAAAUCGGUAUUACUGGUGCCUCUAAUAGCCGGGUUUUGUUUCUUGGAUAUUAAGUUGCAAAACUGAAGAGAUGGCCUUUCUUGCAGUGCACGUGUUGAUUGGGAUAUUUAUUUACUUUAGCAGUGUAAAAGGAUCUUCCCAGCCUCAAGCAAGGGUGUUCCUAACAUUCAAUGAACUGCAAGAAACUAAAACCUCUGAAUAUCACAGAAUAUCCCACAGUCCCCUGGAUUACCGGAUAUUAUUAAUGGAUGAAGAUCAGGAUCGGAUCUACGUGGGCAGUAAAGAUCAUAUUCUGUCUUUGAAUAUUAACAAUAUAAGCCAGGACCCUCUCAGUAUUUCCUGGCCAGCAUCAGCAAACAAGGUUGAAGAGUGCAAAAUGGCUGGCAAAGAUCCUACACAUGGCUGUGGAAACUUUGUGCGUGUGAUACAGUCGUACAACCGCACACACCUGUACGUCUGCGGCAGCGGCGCCUUCAGCCCCGUGUGCGUGUACGUCAACAGGGGACGCAGGUCUGAGGAACAAAUCUUCAAGAUUGACUCCAAGUGUGAAUCAGGAAAAGGACGCUGUUCUUUCAACCCCAACGUGAACACGGUGUCUGUUAUGAUCAAUGAAGAGCUUUUUUCAGGAAUGUAUAUUGAUUUCAUGGGGACGGAUGCGGCCAUUUUUCGGAGUCUGACCAGGAGGAAUGCAGUGAGAACUGACCAGCAUAACUCCAAGUGGCUAAGUGAGCCAAUUUUUGUGGAUGCUCAUGUUAUCCCAGAUGGCACUGACCCCAAUGAUGCCAAAAUCUACUUCUUCUUCAAAGAGAGACUCACAGACAACAGCGGCAGCACAAAGCAAAUUCAUUCAAUGAUUGCAAGAAUAUGCCCAAAUGACACAGGUGGUCAGCGCAGUCUCGUGAACAAGUGGACAACAUUCUUGAAAGCAAGACUUGUGUGCUCAGUGAUGGAUGAAGAUGGAACAGAAACGUACUUUGAUGAAUUAGAGGAUGUGUUUCUUUUAGAGACAGAUAACCCCAGAACAACGCUUGUGUAUGGAAUUUUUACAACAUCAAGCUCCAUAUUUAAAGGCUCAGCCGUGUGUGUGUAUCAUCUGCCUGACAUCCAGACUGUGUUCAAUGGGCCAUUUGCACACAAGGAGGGCCCAAACCACCAGCUGAUUCCAUAUCAGGGCAGAAUUCCGUACCCGCGACCUGGCACCUGCCCGGGAGGAGCCUUCACACCUAAUAUGCGGACAACAAAAGAGUUUCCAGACGACGUUGUGACCUUCAUUAGGAAUCACCCUUUGAUGUUUAAUCCCAUUUACCCAAUACACAAGAGGCCGUUAAUCAUCCGGAUAGGAGCCGACUACAAGUAUACAAAGAUUGCUGUGGAUCGAGUGAAUGCUGCUGAUGGAAGAUACCACGUCUUGUUUCUUGGAACAGAUCAAGGAACUGUACAGAAAGUUGUUGUCCUACCCACGAACUUCUCUGCAAGUGGAGAACUCAUUUUAGAAGAGUUGGAAGUUUUUCAGAGUAAUUCUCCUAUAACAACAAUGAAGAUUUCAUCUAAAAAGCAACAGUUGUAUGUGAGCUCAGAUGAAGGGGUCACCCAGGUGUCCCUCCACCGCUGCCACAUCUACGGGACCGCCUGUGCCGACUGCUGCCUGGCCCGAGAUCCCUACUGCGCCUGGGAUGGCAACUCCUGCUCCAGGUUUUAUCCCACAGGAAAAAGGAGGAGUCGCAGGCAAGAUGUGAGACAUGGAAACCCUCUGACUCAGUGCCGAGGUUUCAACCUGAAAGCAUACAGAAAUGCUGCAGAAAUAGUUCAGUAUGGAGUGAAAAACAACACCACCUUUCUGGAAUGCACACCUAAAUCUCCUCAGGCUUCUAUUAAGUGGCUGCUACAGAAAGACAAUGACAGGAGGAAAGAGGUCAAGCUGAAUGAGAGGAUCAUAGCCACUGAGCAAGGACUCCUCAUUCGCUCUGUGCAGGACAGUGACCGGGGGCUUUACCACUGCAUCGCGACGGAGAACAGCUUCAAGCAGACCUUGGCAAAGAUCAACUUCAAGGUGUUGGAUUCAGAGAUGGUGGCCGUCAUGACUGACAAGUGGUCCCCUUGGACCUGGGCCAGCUCAGUGCGAGCACUGCAGUUCCACCCAAAGGACUUUGUGGGAGCUUUCAGCCACUCCGAGAUGCAGAUGAUUAACCAGUACUGCAAAGACAGCAGACAGCCAAGUCAGCAGAGGGAAGAAUCCCAGAAAAUGAGAGGUGACUACAGCAAACUGAAGGCCCUCAUCAAUAGCAGGAAAAGUAGAAAUAGAAGGAAUCAAUUACCUGGAUCUUAAUUUUAUUUUGUAGUAAUAGGUAUCUUUCUCCUCACUGUAGGGGGCUUAUAUUUGUCUGUUGAGAACAAAUUUGAGCAAAUAUGAUAAAAAAAUUAAAUGAAAAGCCAACAAGCCUUGGAAAAGAUCUCUCUCCCAAUGAAAUGCAGUGUAACUUAUCUAAAGAAAAUAACUUAGAGCAUUUUCUUUCCUAGAUGCUUAUUGACACUAGGCUGGGCUCUGUCCUAGAUGCAGAACUGGGUAUUCAUCUUAAAACAGAUUCAUCUUUAACAUCUCAGUAUUUAAUUACAGCUGAGUAGAAAUUUUUACAAAAUUAACUUGCACCUCUGGAACUGUACCAGCUAGAAUGGUGGUGAAAGAGUCUGGGGUAAGAUGUAUGCUCAAAGUAGGGUGGUACUAGGAUUUCUUGCACUGCAUUUAAGAACAUGAGUUUCUUCUUGUUUACUGCUCAAUACUGGGUUUACAGCUUUCACUCAUUGUCCAAAUCAUGUGAAUGCAUGCUGAUAGGAAGCAAUUAAAGUAUAGUAGAAAUGUUUCAUUCAUUCAGAGGUCAAAUGAAGGAACAAAUAGAAGAAAAACAAAGACUUUAUACUUUAUCAAAGGAAGCACUGAUUAUUGUGCAUAGUAUGAGUUGUAAUAAAUUAGUGAGAUCUGGAAUGUAACUUAAAAUAUCUCUGCUCAUAUUGAUUUUUAUUAAAAUAGGGUGUCCUACAACACUAUGUAGCUUUUUAAGCAGCACAAAGGUACCAAGAGAAUGUUCAUUAUACACAGAAUUUUGAAAAACACCUAAGUGACUUAGGUAUUUUAGCUAUUUUUCAAACAGAUUACACUCCAAUUUUUUUGCAAAGGACAGAAUGUAGGUAUAGUGUUUAGUGUUUACUCAGAAAUGAAAAUCAUAGAUUAUUUUUAUUCUGUUCCAUGAUUAAAUUGGAGCUGUUUCUGCAAUGUGGAAACAAGUCAUAAGUAUCUUAGAAAAAUUUAAAACAUUAUUUUUUCAACUGUUUUCUCAAAGUUGCAAAUAUUUUAACUUGAAUUUUUUAAUUAAACCAUUCCCAUUU